CUCUCUCACAAUCUAUUCGUACUGUCAUGUGAUUAGUGUCAUUAAUGGAGUCAAGGAUAUGGAUGGAUUCCGCCGUACAAUGAACCUGUCAUUGGUAAAGGAUGAACAGAGCAAUGGGUCACUUAACUGUGGGGGUACAGACACCAACGAGAAUGCACUACUGGGUCUGGUAGUGUCCUUAUUUUCCAUUGGUUGUUUUAUUGGUGCUUUAGUCUCUGGAGCAUUGUCUGAUCCAAUUGGUCGGAAGCUAUCAAUCAUUGUGGGUGGAGUAGUCUUUUUUAUUGGUGGUGCCUUACAAGCAUCUUCUUUUAAUUUAUGGAUGGUAUUGGUUGGUCGAAUGGUUGCUGGGAUUGGUGUAGGUAUAUUGAGUAUGAUUGUUCCUGUAUAUAAUGCUGAGCUGGCACCAAAGACUUUAAGAGGAAGGCUAGUCUCACUGAACCAGCUCUUCAUCACAGCCGGCAUAAUGGUAAUAAUAAUAAAUUAA